UCCGUCCGUCCGGCUCGCUUGCUGCCGUCCGUCGGGCCGCGCCGCGUCUCGGCUCCGCUUGGACACGGGAGAAUGCUUUCACGGCACGUCCCAGCCCCACUCGCAACUCAGGAUGUCUCGGGGGGAGAGCGCGGUGUUUGCCUACGAGUCCUCGGUGCACAGCGCCAACGUCCUGCUCAGCCUCGACGACCAGCGCAGGAAGGAUGAGCUGUGCGACGUCACCGUCCUCGUGGGGGGGCGGCCGUUCCGCGCCCACCGCGCCGUGCUGGCCGCCUGCAGCGCUUACUUCCACGCGAGGGUCCUGGGCCAGGCCGACCCGGAGCUCAGCAUUUCUCUCCCAGAAGAGGUGACAGUUAAAGGGUUCGAGCCUUUACUUCAGUUUGCCUACACUGCUAAGCUGUUCCUGAGUCAGGACAACGUGGACGAAGUGUGCAGGUGUGUGGAGUUUUUAGGCGUCCACGACAUUGAGGAGUCCUGCUUUCAGUUCCUCAGAUUUAAGUCCUCGGACUCCACUGCCAACCAGCAAGAAUGCCCGAGAAAAACCUGCUUCCCCUCCCACUGUCAGAAAACAGGCCUCAAGUUUCCGCUUUUGGACCAGAGGGAUUUAGAAGUUAAUGAGGUGGAGGAAUUUUUGGAAAAUAAAAAUGUUCAGACUCCUCAGUGUAAACUCCGUGGAUAUCAAGGAAAUGCAAAACUGUCACCUCCCCUACAAGACAGUGCCAGUCAGACAUGGGAGUCCAUGUGCUUAGACAAGGGCGCUGCUCUGGCUCUGCCAUCUCUGUGCCCCAAAUACAGAAAAUUUCAGAAAGCGUUUGGGACGGACAGAGUCCGCGCUGUGGAGUCGGGGUUCAAAGAUGGUCACACUUCUGUUCCGCCCAGUGAGACGCCUGAAAGCGAGUGUCCGGGAGGAGCCCAGGACUGCGCAGACUUGCAGGUGGUUUUAAAAUGUGAAGAAAGGAACACAGCAGCGGAGCCUGAAGACACCACGGAGGAGCCUGCCUCUCAGUGCCCGUUGGAGCAGACGGGGGCGCCGUUCCUCCACUCUCCCGCGGACCCGCCGGGCCUCUACUCGCUGUCCCUCCUGCACACCUACGACCAGUAUGGUGACUUGAACUUGGCUGGUAUGCAACCCACAGUGUUAACAGAAAAGCCGUUGUCAGGCCCAGAUGUCGGAGAAGAGAAGACCUUGGCUGGAAGUGAGGAUUUACUUUUGAAACCGGACUCCAGCCCCCGGGGAGAGGGCGGCCCCCCUCCUGGUGGUCGCAGCAGCGUGGAGCGGGAGGUGGCCGAGCACUUGGCCAAGGGCUUCUGGGGUGACCUCUGCAGCACAGACGCUCCUUGCCAAGUGCAGCUGUCACCUGCCGGGGCCAAAGAUGGGGCAGAACAGAGCCCCUCUCAGAAGCGGUCCGAGUGUCCCUGGUUAGGGAUCAGGAUUAGCGAGAGCCCGGAGCCGGGCCAGAGGACUUUUGCAACGUUAAGUUCUGUCAACUGCCCUUUCAUAAGCACUCUGAGCUCCGAAGGCCACGCGAGCAGCUUGGAGAUGGGAGCUGACGGUUACGCCUCGGAGCCCCAGCAGGAACCCUGUCCGUACGCCUGUGUGAUCAGCUUGGGGGACGACUCGGAGACGGACACCGAAGGGGACAGUGAGCCCUGCUCGGCCCGAGAGCAGGAGUGUGAGGUAAAACUGCCAUUUAACGCACAGCGGAUCAUUUCCCUCUCCCGGAAUGACUUCCAGUCCUUGCUGAGGAUGCACAAGCUGACUCCAGAACAGCUGGACUGUAUCCACGACAUCCGGAGGAGGAGUAAGAACAGGAUCGCCGCCCAGCGCUGCCGCAAGAGGAAACUCGACUGCAUACAGAACCUGGAGUCGGAAAUCGAGAAGCUGCAGAGUGAGAAGGAGAGCUUGCUGAGGGAGAGAGACCACAUCCUGUCGACGCUGGGUGAGACCAAGCAGAACCUGACCGGACUUUGCCAGCAAGUCUGUAAAGAGGCGGCUCUGAGCCAGGAACAGAUUCAGAUACUCGCCAAGUACUCGGCCUCAGACUGCCCACUUUCGUUUUUAAUUUCUGAAAAGGACAGAAGUACUUCUGAUGGUGCUCUCGUGUUCCCACCAAGUCUGAGUUUACCGGAGGGGCCUCCCGCUGUGCCGCCUGCUGAGGGCCAAAGCCCCUGCUUCCCCGGCGGGAAGGGCAGUGGGUCAGGCUGUGUGCCGGCCCAGGAGUCUGGGCCGAGCCCCAGGGUGGCCGCGGAGCGCGAGGGGCCCUCGGAGCAGAGCCGGCAGAGCGCAGGCAUCUCCGACUUCUGCCAGCAGAUGACCGACAAAUGCACUACUGACGAGUGAGCCUCACUCCCUCCUUCCAGCCCCGAGCCUCCUGCUGAAGCUCCGGCGUGUGUCCUGAGCCUCAUCCAGCCAUUGGUCUGCCGACAGGACUGUUUCCCCUCCGUGGCCGAGAGGGCUCCUCUGAGGCCCCUGAUGCCUCGACUCCACAGAGAUGCAGAGAUGGCGGCUUCCUGGAGACAGAGUCCCAUCGAACACGUAGUGAAACUUUUAUUCUGUUUCAAAGAAUAAUAACUGUCAGUAGCAACUCUUCCCCUCAUUCAGAAUGCCAGAAUGUGGACUAGCUUAUCCAGCAGCAGUGUAACGGCAGGCGCCUACAGGGCUCCCUGAGGAAGGGCCCGGGAGUCAGGAGCCUGCCCUGCCUGCGUGUGCUAAGAGAGCCUGGCCCCAGGAGCUGAUGGGCUGCACACAGUGGGGCAGCUGCUUGGGAUGCCUGAAGCUCCUCAGCUCCUGCUAAAACCAGGGAUGGGUGGCCUGCACUGUGACCCUAAGCUCCCGUGGCCUUGGGGAACCAGGGCAGGCGGGUGGCCCGAGGCAGAGGCUCUGCCCCUGUCGUGUGGACAUUAGGGGCUGUGGUCAUGGCAGCAGGUAAUAGCCACAGCUCAUCUCCUCUCAUUCUACCCCGCUGGUCCUCGAGGUCUCUGCCUCCUGGCGUUCUGUCCCUUUGGGGGAAAUGGGACUUGGAUUCAGGCAAUGUUGCCUUCGGCUCCCUGGACCCUGAGGGCUUGCCUGCUCCCCACAGCACAGCACCCUGCAGAGCCCGAAGUCUGGGGAGAGGGCCGCCCUCAGGACUAGGAGAGGCAGGCACUUCCAUCUGGUUGUGAAAUCCUAUGGUUUACUUGUAAAAAGUGUUAUUGUAGACUUAAAGAUGCCUCUAGAACAAUCACAUAGGUUUGUGAAACAGGGUGACACUCAAUCUUGUUUCAUGUGCGUGUGAAUUUGGAAAUCAGAGUGACUGUUGCUCUGUUCCCGAAUCUGGUGUCUCGGGGCCCGUGGUCCUGGUCCUCUUAGUCGUCCUUUGUCUGCCCGUCCUGUUCAAUGCAGCUUUCGCCUCUGAGGCUCCUGUAGCACUGCCUGCUGGGUCUCGGCAGCCUGCUCUUACAGGCUUGUUGACAAGGAAAGCGAGACUCUCGACCUCCUACCAUUAGAAAAGCACGUUCUCAGUCACAAACAUUCGCAGAGCCCGUUUUAAUGGGUACGAAGGAGUGAGUGAGGGUGUUUGGGUUAGACAGUACUUCACCAAGUCAGACACCUGAGGCUUCAUACAGGGCGUUCUGAACCACGCGAAGGGCCCGUGGGUGCCGCUCCCGUGGGGACAGCCCUCGUCCGGGACAGCGAGCCUGAAGCUAGGCGGCCUUGGCUGAGAGCACAGGGACCACAGGAUUUCGGACUCCUGGCCAGAUGCGCCCCUUCCUGGUGGGCGGUGGCUGCAGGAGGCAUUCCUAGUCUGUGUCUAUCGGUUCAUGUCUCUCUCUCAUUGGCUUAGUGGUUGUGAGAAAACUAGUUGGGCUUGCUUAUAGUCUAGAGGCUUUUACAAAUACACUCAAGAAUGUGUCGGGGAGAAUGAGAUUAGCUCUGUGCUAAUGCACCCCCGCCUAUAAAGUGUGUGGGCACAGACAUCCCCAUGUAGCUGUUUGAUCCUUACAACUUCAAAAUACGAAAUAAUAUAAAAACGCUUCUGGUUUACAAAUGUACAAUCUAAGACAAGCCAACGGAAUCCUUGAUUUCCUACCUCAGCAGACACUCAGCCGUCUGUCAUAGCAGUGCGUGCGGGCGUGUGUGUGUGUGUGUGUGUGUGCAGGUGUCACGUGACCUGCUUAAUUGCCCCUGUAAAUAACUGCUUUGAAAGCUUCCUCUCUCUGAAUGAUAAAACCUAGUUGUCUCCAGAGUUUGUAUAUGAUUUUUAAGGCAUUUGGUUUAAAUUGAGCUCCACAUAUAAACAGCUUAGCAUUAAGGGUUUAUGGUAAUGAUGCUCGGUUAUUGGCCAGCUGUAAAGCACAGCAUUGUGUUACCAGCCAGCGUGGAAUACAGGAACUACACUACCUCACACCUCCGUGUUUUCAGGUUGUAACAGAGGGACAGGAAGAUAAAACAGAUUUUAUCUUUGUCUUUUGGCUGUAAUUUCCUACAGAUUGCAUAGGAUUACACACUUAUGCAUAUUUUAAAGUUAACUUCUCAAGAGGUUUUUCCUAAAAAUUGGUUGAAGUUGAUUUUCCUGAGGGUGCGGGUUUGCGCACUGUGCACCGUUGUCUCCGGCAGAAGCUGGGAAGGCGGUUUUCCGUGUCGGCUGCAUAGUCACACGGUCCCGGCCCCUGGUGUAUGAAUCGGCUUUCUCAAUGCUUGAUGGUUUUUAAAAAGCUAUUGCCUGACUCAGCAAAAUAACAUUAUCUUAAAUUUUGUUAUUUCAUUUCACCUAUAGCAAAUGAUUUGUUAAAUUGUUAUGCUCAAAGCAAAUAUGGAUAUAAAUCUUGGUCCUCCAUUUGUAACUUUUCUAACAUAAUUUACUGUAGCUUAAUGUUUCGCCAGUUUUGAAUAAGGAAUUUAAAUAGAUAUAUAUUUUAAAUAUAUUUUUAUUAAUUUCAGAGCGAGGGAGAGAGAGAAACAUCAAUGAUGAGAGAAUCAUUGAUCGGCUGCCUCCUGCACACCUCCUACUGGGGAUUGAGCCCGAAACCUGGGCAUGUGCCCUGACCAGGAAUCGAACUGUGACCUCCUGGUUCGUAGAUUGAUGUUCAACCACUGAGCCACGCUGGCCGGGCGGAAAUUAAAUAUAUCUGAUGUGGUAGACGAUACAGGUUGCAUGUGGACACUCGGCCCCCUUCACCACUUGGAAAAACCCCAAACAGCAAUGUUAUAAUGAAUUCUCAGGUGAACUUGUUUCCGUAUAAAACAUCUGUUUUGAAUUUGUAAAUAUUUUAAGUGUUUUAUUAAGGCAUGUAAUAAACUAUUCUUUGAAACCUGUUGGGUAAAUGAAAAUUUAAAGCCGUAAUGGCAUACUAAUUGUAAAUAAACAUCUAUUGAUUUUUUUGUAUCUUUCUUAAUAUAAUUUUCUAACAAUGCAAUAAAACCACUAAAUUUAUAUAUUCAUAGCCAAUUAAGGUCAUAUUUCAUUAUAAGAAAACUUUCAUAGUAUUUAAUUUAUAUUUUCUCCCUAAUGUGCUUAUCCAAAUGUAGCAAAACGAUAGAUGUUAGAUGAUGGUAAUAAAUUGACAGUUAAAUAAAAUUCCCUAAAAUUGC